AUGGCUUUGACUUGUUAUGAUUACAUGGUGACGUCAAGCUGGAAUCCGACACACGCCACUGUUGAGUGUCCGCCUGACACCAAAUUCUGCUACUCGAGCUAUCUGGAAACGGAGGAUUUGUACGGAAAUAACACCAAAAUCGAGGCACAUUCUUGUGCGAGUGCUGCCGUAUGUCAGGAAACCGGCUGCGGAACGAACCCCAAAGAUUACAUCUGUUGUUGUGCACAAGAUACAUGCAAUUCAUCCCUCAAAUUAAGAAUGACUGUGAAAGAGGGUUCUCAUGAUCCGAUCAAGAAGAAGGAAAAGCCGAUCAUUUCUCCAUUUCCCCUCUACAAGCAUUAUCCGAGCCGUUUCGAGCAAAUCGUCUAUCAGACUUAUAAUGCUGUCGAGAAUCGAAUGUGGCCUGUUCGCCCGCUCUACUACGGGAUGGCGGCCACAGCGAUCGCCGCCUAUCAUUGGAGAAAUCCGUCGAAUUACCUCCUCAAUUUGUUGCCGCAAACCGAAAAUGUGAUGCUAGAGACUCUGAAGAUCACCGUUCUCUCACUGGGUUCAGCCUAUAUUCCUGUGUUUGUCAUUCGUCGUUUCCUCAAGCAUUUCUACUUUUCCUACAAGGGUUUUCUCUUUGAUAACCCAAAGAAACCAUCGAUUACGACAAGGAUUUGGGGAAUCGUACGUGCCGUUCUCUCAUUUUGUCCACCUCGUCUCCAAUCUUGUGAGCGCCUCCUUCCCACGCAACCCGUUCCAAAUCUUCAGGAGAAUGUGGCUAAAUACUUGGAAAGCAUCAAGCACAUUGUUGGAAAGGACGAGCUGGAUUUGAUCACGGAACAAGGGGAAAAGUUUCUGAAAGAGGAGGGAAAAAAGCUUCAAAUGUACGCACGUCUCUACAGUCUUUUCACCACCAAUUAUGUGUCAGAUUUUUGGCGUAAAUACGUGUAUUUGUAUGGAAGAGAUCCUCUCUUGAUCAACUCCUCCGUUGCACAUGUGGAUUUGUUCCGUGAUGCUCCAGCAAUGAGAGCAGUUCGGGCUGCGCACGUUGUAGCAAUCGAAUCACUUUCACAAAUGGCCAUUCAUCGUCAAAACUAUAAACCGUUGGGUGAUGGUCUUCUUUGUGCUUGUCAUUACGAUAACAUGUAUGCGGUGAAUCGAGUACCCGGUGAGACGAUCGACAAUCUAGUGAAUUACGGCACAAGCAAUCAUGUAGCUAUUUUGCUAAAAGGAAACAUCUACAAAAUGCAAUAUUGUGAUGAUCGUGGGAAGAUGUAUACACUCGAUGAGUUGACAAAAAUUUUCGAUGAAUUGUUCACUCGUGCUGAGCUUGAGCCUCAAAACGGACCACUCGCUCACAUUUGUGCGCUCACAUCAGAUCGGAGAGACCAAUGGCAUCAAAAUCGUCGUCGCUUCUUCUUGGAGAACGUGAAGAACAAGAAAGCUUUAGAGAUUAUCGAGAGCGCUGUUUUCUUUUUCACUAUGGAUGAAGAGGACGAUUGGGAUUAUGAGGCGAAUCAUCCAGAGAAAUUGGACAAUUUUAUGAGGAAUAUGUUGACAGGGAAUGGGUCGAAUCGAUGGGCGGACAAGUCACUCAACUACAUCAUGAACAAGAACACAAGAUGUGGAGGCACCACCGAGCAUAGUAUUGCCGACGGGAGUGAGUUCGAUCAUAUUAUGGAGAAUUUUGUCUAUAUGGAUACUAAAGUAUUCAGUUAUAAACCACUAGAAGAACAGCAGAAAUUGUUGUCAAAUGGUCGUUUCGCGAAAGAGGAAGGAUUGAAAUUGGCUGAGAAGUUGCAGAUUGAUUUGGUCAAUGCUGAGAUGGUUACUGAGAUCGAGCGAUGCAGGGUGACGGCAAUGACUGCUGGACAAGAUGUUGAUAUGGCGACUACGGUUUACCGAGAGUGGGGAAAGGGUCGAAUCAAGAAGUGUGGUUGCAGUCCGGAUGCCUUUGUUCAAAUGGCUAUUCAAUUAGCUGUUUAUAGGGAUCAAGGUCGUUUCGUUUUUACUUACGAGCCGGCAUCAGUGCGUUUCUAUCGAAACUCAAGGACGGAGACAUUGAGAACGGUAGGUGAAGAGUCUUGUCAAUUCGUUAAAGCAAUGGAAGAUUCGACAAAAGAGAAAUCGGAAAGGAUAAAGUUGCUGAAGAAAGCUUGUGAAGCACACGUGAACAAGAAUAAAGAUUGCAUGAUUGGAAAGGGGAUUGAUAGACAUUUCUUUGUCCUUUACGUUCUCUCAAAGGGUUUCGGCAUCUCAUCACCAUUUUUGGAAACGAUUUUCUCACAGAAAUGGUUCCUCUCGACAAGUCAUGUACCAAAUGUGACUGGUCAAAUUGAUGAGGACAAAGAUAUCGACUUCUCGUGGAUUGGUGCUUGCUUUGGUGCGGUGACAAAAGAUGGAUAUGGGAUUUGUUAUCGUUUCGCUGGGAAUCAUUCAAUUUGCGCUCACAUCUCCAGCUAUCAUAGCGCUGAGAAUACGGACUCUCACCGUUUCCAACGCGAGUUCAUCAAGGCGCUUAACGAGAUGGCUGAAAUGUUUGAA